AUGGCACAUGGCGAUGCCAACCACCACCACCGCCACCGUCUCUUCAUUUCUUUCCUCCUCCUCUCUUUCUCCGUCGCCGAUGAUGCCUCCGUCAUGUUUGAGCUCCGUACCUCCCUCUCUCCUUCCCCAUCCUCCUGGAAAGGCGAUGACUUCUGUGUGUGGGAUGGAAUUGUAUGUGACAACAAACGUGUCACCGGCAUUAAUCUUGCUACGAAAUCCCUUACCGGAAACCUCCCUUCCGAUCUAAACCAGCUCUCUCAGCUCAAGACCCUCUUCCUCCAACGCAACUCUCUCUCCGGCGCCUUACCCACCUUGGCAAACCUAACUUCCCUCGAACAAGUGUUCCUUGACAGUAAUAAUUUCACCUCUAUCCCGCCGGAGUUCUUUCUGGGUCUUACUAAUCUACAGAGCUUUACCAUCUCCGACAACUCAGAUCUGUCUCCAUGGGUUCUUCCCAGUGAUCUCACAGAGAGCACCAAUUUGCAGACUUUUCAGGCGAGUAACGCCAACAUAAUGGGUUCGAUCCCCGAUAUCUUUGAUAGCUUCUUUAGUUUGCAGAAUCUCCGGUUGUCUUACAACAAUCUCACCGGAAACCUACCAAAGAGUUUUGGUGGGUCAGAAAUUCAAAAUCUUUGGCUCAACAAUCAGGACACUGGGCUUUCUGGUACGCUUGAUGUUCUUUCUUCUAUGACACAACUCUCUCAAGUAUGGUUGCAAGCUAAUGCUUUCACCGGAGCUAUCCCGGAUCUUUCAAAAUGCACUAAUUUGUUCGACUUGCAACUCCGGGAUAAUCAGUUCACCGGAAUGGUUCCUCCAUCUCUGAUGUCUCUCCCUAAAUUAGCAAACAUCACGUUACGAAAUAACAAGUUACAGGGUGCAUUGCCUGUGUUUCAAAGUGGUGUUGAAGCUGAUAUUAGUUCUAAUAGUUUCUGUUUACCUACGCCGGGACCUUGUGAUCCCCAGGUGACGGCACUCCUUGAGGUCGCCGGAGCAAUUGGGUAUCCGAUGUCUUUGGCUGAAUCUUGGCAAGGUAACGAUGCUUGCAAAGGAUGGACCUUUGUUAGUUGUGAUUCUUCUGGGAAGAAUGUGACCGCCGUGAACUUUGCUAAGCGGAAAUUUUCCGGCACCAUUUCGCCGGCGUUUGCAAAUUUGUCUUCUUUAAGGAGUUUAUCUCUGAAUGAAAACAAUCUCGUGGGUUCUAUUCCUCCAAUCUUGACAUCUUUGCACGAUCUUCAACUCUUUGAUGUAUCCAACAAUAAUCUCUCUGGUCCAAUACCAGAUUUCAAAACUGUGAAGUUUUCACACGAUGGUAACCCGCUAUUAGGUCAAAACAUUCCUAGCGGAUCCAACGGUCCACCUGGGUCUGGACCCAAUUCCCCCAAUCCCGGUGGAAACCCGCCUGGGAAGUCAAAAGGGUCGCCGGUUUCUGCAGGUAUGGUUGCCGGUAUUGUUCUUGGUGUUCUUAUUUUUGUCGGAAUCGUCUUAUUUGUGUUUUACAAGUGUUGUGCAAAGAAGCGACACCAGAAGUUCGGCCGGGUCGAGAAUCCCGAAAUUGGUAAAGAAUUGAUGAAAGCCAGCGUGGUGGGAAGUAGUUCGAAUGGUUACGGUGGCGGUUUUAGCGAGUUACAGUCUCAAAGCAGCGGUGAUCAUAGCGAAAUGCACGUAUUUGAAGGAGGAAAUGUCGUGAUCUCGAUUCAAGUUCUUCGACAAGUGACUGACAACUUUAGUGCCGACAACGUGUUGGGGAGAGGUGGAUUUGGAGUCGUGUACAAAGGCGAAUUACACGAUGGAACCAAGAUCGCGGUCAAGCGGAUGGAAUCGGGCGUCAUGGGCACCAAAGGCUUGAACGAGUUCCAAGCCGAGAUUGCAGUCCUCACGAAAGUCCGACACCGGCAUCUGGUGGCACUUCUCGGCUACUGUAUCAAUGACAACGAGCGGCUUUUGGUCUACGAGUACAUGCCACAAGGAACCUUAAGUCAACAUUUGUUCGAAUGGAGCGAACAUAAGACGCCUUCUCUUAGUUGGAAACAAAGGGUAUCGAUUGCUUUGGAUGUGGCACGAGGGGUCGAGUAUUUGCAUAGUUUGGCACAACAAAGCUUCAUUCAUCGAGACUUAAAGCCGUUGAACAUCCUUCUUGGUGACGACAUGCGAGCCAAAGUUGCGGAUUUCGGUUUGGUGAAGAACGCUCCCGAUGGGAAGUAUUCCGUUGAGACACGACUGGCUGGAACCUUCGGUUAUCUUGCACCCGAGUAUGCUGCUACUGGAAGAGUAACCACAAAGGUGGAUGUUUACGCAUUUGGGGUGGUGUUAAUGGAGUUGAUAACGGGCCGAAAAGCCCUCGAUGAGACAAUGUCCGACGAGCGGUGUCACUUGGUCACAUGGUUUCGCAGGGUCCUUAUCUCCAAGGAAAACAUGUUAAAGGCUAUCGACCAAACUCUCGAAACCGAAGACGAAGAAACACUCGAUAGCAUCUCAAAGGUAGCCGAGCUUGCGGGCCAUUGCACGGCCCGUGAGCCCUUUCAGAGACCCGACAUGGGUCACGCAGUUAACGUGUUGGGUCCACUUGUGGAGCAAUGGAAACCUUCUCGACCUGAAGAAGAAGACGGCUAUGGAAUCGACCUCCAUAUGAGCCUUCCGCAAGCCCUUCAAAGAUGGCAAGCCGAUGAGGGUACUUCUAGAACAUUCGAUAUGUCGUUCAAUCAAACACAAUCGAGCAUUCCCUCUAAACCUUCGGGAUUUGCCGACUCGUUUGACUCGAUGGAUUGUCGAUAGAUCGAACCAAGAAAAAGAAGAUGAAAAUCCGAUACACAGGUUACAAUUAUUUUUCUCGAAAUUCAUUCAUUUUUUAUGCCACGAAAAGCUUAAAUUAAACAGUUGUUUGUAUGUUAUUAUGAUGACCAUAUCUGGUGUUGGGAAUAUGGGCAAAUUUGUAAUCUUACGGUCGCUUAAAACACUGCAUUAAGUAGUUGUACCAUAAGCAUUACAACUUGUUCUUGAAAU